UAUGGGCCCGAGCUAAGUAUAACUGGUCGGAAUCCAAAUCUAGCGUGGCUGCAAAGCUUUCUAAUCCACCUAUAUGCAGAAGAAUAGAAGCUUGGAGCUCAUUUCGUGAGUUGUUUCUGCUAGUGAUUUAAAGACACAGCUUUCUCUUCCACACGAAACGGUCACCUCUAGGCAAUGACUUCCCCGGACCCCGUGGGCCUGAGGUCCAGGUGUGACUUUCUCAGAGCUGACCAGUAAGGAAGGGCCUGGGCUGGCUCCUCGGCUCUCCCCUCCCACCCAGAAAUGGUUAAUUGCCAGCUCCAGGCUGCCUCCAGCCCAGCCCUAAUUGGCCCGAUCUCAAGCGGCCGUGCUGGAGCCGCAGCAACUCUGGGCCAGGCCGGAGCUGCGCGGAGCGGCAGGGGCACUCUUCCAAGGUAAUGAUUAAGCUGAGCGUCUGGCAAGGGCACAGGCAGCAGAGCCGGGAAGGUGAGCCCUGUUCACACCUCGGCCAGGCUGUGGUGGCCAGGACUGGUUUGGAAGGCAGGGCCCCGGGGCACGGGGGCCCAGAGCCGACAGCCACAGCCUCCCCCUGCACACGGGCAUCCAGGAGCAUCUCAGGCCGGAGCUUCUGCUGCCUGCCCUACUAGGACCCUGCCCUCGACCCUGGCACCAUGAAGCUACAGAUGUUCUGGACUGGGCUGGAAUACAUCUGCCGGCUCCUGGGCAUCACCACUGCGGCAGUGUUGAUCGGCGUGGGCACUGAGACCUUCCUCCAGGGACGGUUCAAAAGCCUGGCUUUCUAUUUGCUGUUUAUAGGAGCUGUCAUCUCUGUGUGUGAAGGGGCCUACUUUGUGGCUCAGCUGCUGACCAUCUGCUUCCAGUGUCGGCCAGCGUCCCUGGCCUACAAAGCAAGGGAGAAAGCCCGCUGGUUGGGCUGCUUCCAGAAGUUCCUGGCAUACAUGCUGUUGUCUGUGGCCUGCUUUCUCCACCCUGUCCUGGUCUGGCACGUGACCAUCCCAGGCUCCAUGCUCAUCAUCACUGGCCUGGCCUACUUCCUGCUGAGCAAGCGGAAGAAAAGCAAGGCCAAGCCCGAGGCGCCCGCUCCCCCAGAGCAGUACACAGACCCCUCCGGCAGUGCCGUGAGCACCACUGGCUCUGGGGACACCGAGCAAACGUACACCUUCCACGGGGCCUUCAAGGAGGGGACCGGCUCCCUCUUCAUCCACAUGAAGAGCAUCCUGAAGGGGACCAAGAAGCCCGGUGCCCUCCAGUGCCCGGACACCCUGACAGAGCUGACCCUGGAGCCAGCCGACUCGCUGGUCAAGAAGAAGCAGGUGCACUUCGAAGACAGCAUGGUCAGAAUCAUCCCGUCUCUCACCGAAGACCUGGACGGGGGGGACAGCGAGCCAGAGGAGACCACCUCUGACACCACCCCCAUCAUCCCUCCCCCGCAGGCCCCUACCUUCCUGUCCUCUCUCACAGACGCCAACCUGUUCUGAGCCGCAGGCUCCAGCCGAGGGGACACUCAGCAAGGGGUCUACAUAAAUCGAUGGCCCUGCCUGGAGUUUCCUGACAUCUGAGGGCCCCCCUCCCAGGGAGCUUGGGGUCUUCACAGGUUAGUACUUCAAGGGGUGACCAGACAUCCCCGUGGUAGCUGGGCUUCUGGGACCAUCAAGUGGCAUGGCAGAUCCUGGAGAUGCCUCUGGCAAGGCACAGAUGAAGCUCGUGCUGUCUCAAGCCAAUAGAAGCUCCUCCUUCCUGGCCAGGGGGUGGGGAAGUCCCCGUGCUUUCCCCAAGAGAGACCAUCGGCCCCAUUUCACACAAGGCUGCUCCAGCCCCAAGAGCCAAUGAGCUUCUCUUGCUCCUGACACGGGGCCCAGCAAGGCCUCGUUGUCCAUCUCGCGUCAGAUGCCGCAAUCCAGCUCUGAAGGCCCAAGGAUGCGUGGGCUAUUUAAGCAUCUCAAAGGCAGGUGUGAAGGCAGCCAUAGACCCCAAGCCCCAGCCAAGCUGGCUCAGGAUGUGCAGGGAAGGCUGCAGGCCUUCAGGAGGGGGGCAGCUGGAGCAGUGGGCCACAUUCUCUGCGUGCUCUGGGGCCGGCCCUGUGCCACCGGAGUUGCACAGCCGCUCGGGGACACAAUGCCACACUGUGCUCCCUGCAGGGAAAACCAGGCCGGAUGAGUGAGGCUCAUUCCAGAAGCAUCACUGAGGACUCCCUGCCUCCCCACCACAUAAACUUUCCCGAGAUUCCAAGUAGAUGAUGUAAACUGAAAGGUCCUGAAAGCCGACGACAAUCCGGCGGUGAAGACCGCAGCACAGGACACAGUACCUCCGGCCGGCAGGGACCACGGGGGUGGUGCCCUGGAGACACUCAGCACAGAGAGGUGGCCCCGCCACGCGUGGGUGCGGGUGCGUGGUGGCAGAAUAGGUGACAAAUGCACAUUUGUUUAAAAUGUAAGGGGGGGAAGAGGAAGGAAAGAGGGGGGAGAUAGGAGAGGGGGCGGGCAGGCUAGCCCUCUGCUCCUGGGCUGUGGAAGUGACAGUCCGCUUAGAAUGAAGGAAGAAAUUUGAAUCAGACCUUCCCUAAAGGAUUUUCACCGUGGUAUUUGUUUCUAAAGAGCAUCCUCUGGUCUGUGGGAUUGUGGCAAGGAGGAGCAGACCCGUUACUCUUGGGAAGCAAGCUCGAUGAAUGGGCAAGCUCAAAAAAAUAGUUACACCGUUGACCAGUUUGUGCCUCAGCAACUCCUCCAGCACUCGCUCUAGGUUCUGGGUAAGAAACACGUGUUCCUUCCACAUCCCCUGGGAGUUACACGACAAAUGUGUGGGAAUACAGCCGGUCCGGUCAUCACUUUGGUGCCAGAAUCCCAUAGGUGUCGCAAACGAGCAGCCCUCUUCCAGGUCUCCUGUAAAACCAAGUGAGAAAAAAACAAAGAAAUAUGUUCCCAUGAACCCUCGAUGCCGGAAGCGGCAGAGCUGUUUAACUGCCACCAAAGAAGAGCUUCAGGGUCCCAGGGUCCACGGGGGAGAGUGAAGAACAUUGGUAGACAGGGACGGCCCCCAGCUCCUACCGGGCCAGGUGUCCCAGGCAGGCCCCCGGUGCACAGAAGGAGCCCACGUGGAGAGGGGGCAGGGCUCCUGCAUCCGUCACAGGUGGAGGGGGACAUCAUGGGCACAGACACCCUCACAGCAUAGGCGUAGCGGGCUUCUGGGGAACCCCAAAACUUCUGCUCUGUUCUCAGAACCCAAGCUAGUAGAGUGGAAUGGAUGCCCAGGUUGCAAGAAGCCAACCCCAAAGGGUGAUGUCAGAGUGUCAGAUUUCUAAUAAACUUCUGUAAACCCAAGGGCUAGAGCAUUGCUUGGUAUGGUCCCUAGAGGGAGCUGCACAUUGGGGGUUCCAGGUGACACGGUGUGCAUACCAUCCUGUGACAUCUGGGCUUCCUGGUGCCCGUCCUCAGUUAAGGGAGAGUCUGCAGGGCUCUGGAGCAAGAGGUUCGGACAGUUACGGUCUCGCCUCGCUCAGCAAAGUAAAGCUCUCACUCUUACUGCCGCCCAAAACCACAACAAAGCUGGGAUGAGGUCGUUAAAUAGGCUGCAGCCGUGCCUCUGUCAGUAGACCAGACGAGAAAGUGGCACCUCGUGAGAAGCAGAUGAAUACCACAUGUCGCCAUUUGACUCUCGGCCGAGACACUCUCCACCCACGUCCUCAUCCCCUGCUAUCCCUGUGAAGAUGGUAUAAUGACCCUUAUCCCUGACAGGGACAAUGACCAGAGGGACUGACCCUAGCCUGUCCUGUUCCCUUUCUCAGCAGAAAGUGGAGCAGACAUUCCGUAGAUGUGGAACAGGGCAAUUGGAAGUAGAACAGCGUUGGGCUGGGAUCAUUGGCCCUGCCGCUAACACGCUGAUUGACCUUGGCCAGCCUUCCUCAGGUCUCUGGUCUCGGGUUCUCCCCGUAGUGUGUGGGAAGAACAGCUUUCUCUCAGGGUUGGUGCAAUGACUCAACUGAGAAAAGUGGGGAAAAUGAUGUUCAGAUUACACACCACCCAUGUCCAACGUCCCCAUCGCUGUGGGGGCCUCACACUGUGUGUGAGUGCUCUUCAAGGAGGCCCCAAAGUAAGGAAGCACUGAGGAAACACCACCAGCAUAUGUCUCAGCGGCAAGGCCACUCCAGAGUCCAAUGCUUGAGCCUCGGAAGGGUGUAGCCACCAUCCUCCGGCUUCGACAGAGAGCCACAGCGGACCCUCAAUCAUGAGGACCCAUGCCCUGGGGACCAUCCAAGAUGUCCUCUCUGACUCCCAUCAGUACUAAGGGUUGUUUUCCUUUUUUUUUUUUUUCCAUUUUUUAGUUUUUAAGAUGUAUUUAUUGAGAUAUAAUUCACACACCAUAAAAUUCACCAACUUAAAGUACACAAUUAAAUGGUUUUUGGUUUUUGUAUAGUCAUCAUCAGAUUCAUCACAAUCUAAGUUCCCAAAAUUUUCAUCAUUCCCCCAAAAAAACCUGGUACCCAUUAGCAAUUACCACCCCAGACUCACCGAAAGCAACCACUAAUCUACUUUCUGUCUUUAUAGAUACUCCUAUUCUGAACAUUUCAUAUAAAUGGACUCAUAUAAUAUGUGAACCUUUUUACUUGCUUUGUUGACUUAAUCUAAUGUUUUCAACGUUCCUCCAUGUUGUAACAUGUAUCCUCAUGUUACCCCUUUUUUGUAGCUGAAUACUAUUCCAUUAUAUGGAUAUGUCACACACACACUGUGUGUCACUGUUCAUCUGUUGAUGGACAUCUGGGUUGUUUACACUCUGUGCCUAUCAUGAACCAUGCUGCUAUGAGCAUUCAUCUACAAGUUUUGAGGUGGAUAUAUAUUUUCAUUUCUCUUAGAUGUAUGCCUAGGGGCAGAAUUGCUGGGUCAAACAGUCACCCAAGGUUUAACUUCUUGUGAAACUGACAAUCUGUUUUCCAAAGGUGCUGCACCAUUUUACAUUCCAACCGUGUAUGAGGGUUCUGGUAGCUCCACAUCCUCACCAACAUUUGUUACUGUUUGUCUUUUUUAUUACAAUCAUCCGUUCGUUGUGGUUUUGAUAUGCAUUUCCCUAAUGACUCACGGUAUUGAGCAACUUUUCAUGUGAUUAUUGACCAUUUUUGUAUCUUCUCUGAGAAAUGUCUAUUCAAAUGCUUUGCCUUUUUUAAACUGAGUUGUCUUUUAAUUGUGAGUUGUAAAGGUUUCUUACCUAUUCCAGAUACUUGACCCUUAUCAGAUGUAUGAUUUGCAAAUAUUUUCUCCCUUUCUGUGGGUUGCCUUUUCACUCUCUCGGGGGUGUCCAUGAAGCACAAAAGAUUUAAUUUGGGGGGAAGUCCAAUUUACCUAUUUCUUUUCUUUUGUUGCUUAUUCCUUUCUGGUCAAAUCUAAGGGGCCAUUGCCUAACCAAAGGUCAUGAAGAUCUACUCCUAUAUUUUCUUCUAAGAGUUUUGUAGUUGGGGUUCUUAAAUUUAGAAAUAUCAGCUUGGGAGUAAUUUUGAGCAUGUUGUGAUGUGGAAUCUAACUUAAUUCUUUUUACUUAUGGAUAUCCAGUUGUCCCAGUACCGUUUGUCAAACUAAAUUGUUAACGGCGCCUUUGUUGAAAAUUCAUAGACCAUAUAUUUCUGCACUGGUAACUCUAUGCCAUUGAUCUGUGCAUCUGCCCUCAUAUUGCCACAAUUCUGACCACUGUAACUUUGUAGUAAGUAUACUUUGAAACUCAGAAGAUUGAACCCCCCAACUUUGUUCUUUUUUAAGAUGGUUUGCCGAUUCAAAGUCCCUCAUGUUUCCAUAUGAAUUUUAGGACCAACUUGUCAACUUUUGCAAAAAAGCCAGCUGGGGUUUUGAUAGGGAUUUCAUGGACUCUGUAGACCAAUUUUGAGAGCAUGUCUAUCUUCGCAAUGUUGUCUUUCCACCCAAGAAUACAUGGUGCCCUCCGUAAAUUUAGAUCAUCUUCAGUUUCUUUCAACGUUACGUGCAAGUUUUGCCUCUCUUUGUUAAAAUUAUUCCUAAAUAUUGUAUUCUUUUUUUCAUGCUUUUCUAAACGGACUGGUUUUCCUUUUUUCUCCAGCUUUAUUGAGGUACAAUUGACAAAAUUAUGUAUAUUUAAGUGUACAAAGUAAUGAUUUAAUAUACAUAUACAUUGUAAAACGACUUCCACAGUCAAUUAACACAUCUAUCAUCUUUUUCGGAAUGUGUCCCUUUCACCCAAGUUAUCAACUUUGUCGGUGUAAUAUUGUUCAUAAUAUUACAUUAUAGUCCCUUUCAUUUCUGUAA